GGAUUAUCCGUUGGAGGCAUCAUGUUUGGAUUAUCUGUUGUGUCACAUGCUGUCUUGGAUAUGAUGCAUACAUUGAAUCAUGCUAGAACAUGUAACAUAAUAAUGUUAUCUCUGAGCACAGCAGCAGGUAUAACAAUGUCCAAUGUUCUCCUCAUAUAUGUUGAGGCUUUCCUUGUUACACAUUACGCAAUGAUGAACCGUUUUGUUUUUUCAAAACAACUUGCAGUAGGGUUGCUAGGGACAACAUGGUUGCUAUGGCUGCUACUUGGGUUGCUAUUUGGAGUGGCACUGCCUUCACAGGACAAUGUAAUAUCUAGUGACGAUAUCUGUCAUAUAAAUAAUGGCCAAAUAUCAAAAAGUUAUAUACUUACUCUUUGUGUCUUAAUUAUCGUACAUGUUUUAGCUUUGAUAAUUUUACAAUUAGCUAUAAUUCUACGAAUCAGAGCUCAUGCAAAUAAGUUCAAUGUCAAAAUAGAAUUUCCAACUAACAUUUGUUCAACAGGGCCUAUCUUGAAUACUCCGAGUAGUGGGUGUAUUUCCUCUCCUCAGUUAAACAGCUUCACACAUUUCAGAUUCUCUCACUUGUCAGUUCACACUGAAGAAACAGAUUCAUUGGCUGGACUUACAUUGGAAUCAAACCCAUUGAAUGAAUCAAAUGUGAAAGGUAAAUCAUUGGCUAAACAAAAUGAAGAAGCUAGUUCAUUGGUUGUAGCAAAUGUGACAGCUAAAUCAUUGGCUAAACAAAAUGAAGAAGCUAGUUCAUUGGUUGUAGCAAAUGUGACAGCUAAAUCAUUGGCUAAACAAAAUGAAGAAGCUAGUUCAUUGGUUGUAGCAAAUGUGACAGCUAAAUCAUUGGCUAUACAAAAUGAAGAAGCUAGUUCAUUGGCUUUACCAAACUUGACAUCUAAAUCAUUGGCUAAACAAAAUGAAGAAGCUAGUUCAUUGGCUGUACCAAACGUGACACCCAAAUCAUUGGCUAAACAAAAUGAAGAAGCUAGUUCAUUGGCUGUACCAAAUGUGACAUCUAAAUCAUUGGCUGAACAAAAUGAAAAAGCUAGUUCAUUGGCUUUACCAAAUGUGACAUCUAAAUCAUUGGCUAAACAAAAUGAAAAAGCUAGUUCAUUGGCUUUACCAAAUGUGACAUCUAAAUCAUUGGCUAAACAAAAUGAAGAAGCUAGUUCAUUGGCUUUACCAAAUGUGACAUCUAAAUCAUUGGCUAAACAAAAUGAAGGAGCUAGUUCAUUGGUUGUACCAAAUGUGACAGCUAUAUCAUUGGCUAAACAAAAUGAAAAAGCUAGUUCAUUGGCUUUACCAAAUGUGACAUCUAAAUCAUUGGCUAAACAAAAUGAAGAAGCUAGUUCAUUGGCUUUACCAAACGUGACAGCCAAAUCAUUGGCUAAACAAAAUGAAGAAGCUAGUUCAUUGGCUGUACCAAAUGUGACAUCUAAAUCAUUGGCUAAACAAAAUGAAAAAGCUAGUUCAUUGGCUUUACCAAAUGUGACAUCUAAAUCAUUGGCUAAACAAAAUGAAGAAGCUAGUUCAUUGGUUGUACCAAAUGUGACAGCUAAAUCAUUGGCUAAACAAAAUGGAAAAGCUAGUUCAUUGGCUUUACCAAAUGUGACAUCUAAAUCAUUGGCUAAACAAAAUGAAAAAGCUAGUUCAUUGGCUGUACCAAAUGUGACAGCUAAAUCAUUGGCUAAACAAAAUGAAAAAGCUAGUUCAUUGGCUUUACCAAAUGUGACAUCUAAAUCAUUGGCUAAACAAAAUGAAAAAGCUAGUUCAUUGGCUGUACCAAAUGUGACAGCUAACUCAUUUGCUAAACAAAAUGUAGAAGCUAGAUUAUUGGCUAAACCAAAUGUGACAGCUCUCUCAUUGGCCAGAGAAAAUGAAGCUGAAUUAUUGGCUGAACCAAAUAUUAAAGCUAAAUCAGUGGCCAAAGAAAAUGCAGAGGUUUACUCAUUGGCUGAAUCAAAUGUGUUAGCUAAAUCAUUGGCCAAAGAAAAUGCAGAGGCUUACUCAUUGGCUGAAUCAAAUGUGUUAGCUAACAACUCAUUGGCCAAAGAAAAUGAAGAAGCAAAAUCAUUGGCUGAAUCAAAUGUGUUAGCUAACUCAUUGGCCAAAGAAAAUGAAGCUGAAUCAUUGGGUAAACCAAAUGUGAUAGCUGAAUCAUUGGGUAAACCAAAUGUGAUAGCUCACUCAUUGGCCAAGGAAAACGAAAAAGCUAAAUCAUUGAUUAAACCAAAUUUGAAGACUAUCCCAUUGCCUCAAGAUGAAAUGAAAGUUAACUCAUUGACUCUAAAUGUAGUUAAUCUGCACGUGCGCGCCUCACCGAGUCGACGCAAUAGUCAAUCAAAUUUGAAAAUCUACAAAAAUUGGAUGCUUCGUGUGUCUAAGCUUGUGCGUCAAAUGACUGCCAUACUUGUCUCAUUCUUAAUAUGCUAUAUCCCCUUCCUGGUGAUAACUCUCCUCAAUAUAAGCACAAAACUAAAACAAGAAGGAAUGAUUAACAUCAUAUCUUCAAGCAUGAUUGGACUGAACCCUAUUCUCAACUUUAUUGUAUUUGUUACUUUCAAUUAUGAAUUCAGGACAGCUUUGGUUAAGGUGUUACUGUGUAAAAAAUGAUGAAAUUCACUUGACGUUCUUGAGUUAAUAACUUCGAGAUAAAUUAAGUGCAUAACUGUGAGGCACUAGAAUCAAAGUGUAUUAGUUUUAUCAUGGGCUCUAAUUGAAAGCCCGUGGUAAUUUUUAUGUUGUACAUUUUUCUGAAUAUUCUAUAUAA